AUGGCGGGUAUAGGAAUUGGUAGUAAUGAUGACCCUCCAGACCUCGAUACUAGCAGACUCCCGUCAUAUUGCAGAAGUCCUCAAAACGAUGGAGUGCUCCGUGUUCUCCAGCUCCGAAUGAGAUUUAACGAAGAUGGCUAUGAUAGUGAUGACGUGCAACGAAAAGGGAACCGCCCUUCACUCCCACAGAACCCUUUCUUGAUAGGGAAUUCCGUCAAAACAGCUAUUGGUUACUCGAACGCGAGGCAUGUGCGAGCGAUCAAAGAAGCUCGAGGUGCCAUGUAUACCCUCCGCACAUACUCUCCUGAAAUAGCCGAAAAACUGAUGAACAUGAACACUUUGAUUGAUAAGACCCCUGUUGAAGUGGUACCACAUCCUAUACUGAGCAUAACACAAGGUGUGAUAGUUGAUUACGACACGAUUGAUAUGGAAGAAGAAGAACUCCUUGAAGAACUAAGUGUUCAAGGAAUAGCUGCAGUCCGCCGAAUUAAAAAACGCGAUGAAAAAAACCAAAAUAAGUUUAAAAAUACUCCAACUCUUGUAUUGUCUUUUCGAAGCACAGUUCUUCCAGAAUAUGUCAACUUCGGUUUACUUCGGAUUAAAACAAGGCCCUAUUAUCCCUCCCCUAUGAUUUGCCGAAACUGUGCAGCUUAUGGUCACACCCUUAAGCGAUGUACCAGCCCGGCCAUUUGUCUAACCUGCUCGGAAGACCAUACCAUGGAAAAAGACAAGCAAUGCGAGAAAGCGUCGUUUUGUAAACACUGCAAGGGGGAUCACUCACCGAUUAGUCGCGACUGUCCUGUUUUCCGGAAGGAAGAGGCAGUGAUUCGCCUUAAAGUGAACAAGGGCAUCACGUUCCAUGAAGCACGCACGGAAAUCAACAGCACGUGGGGUAAAGAAACCUAUGCCAGCAAAGUUCAACAGCGCCUCAAUAUCACAGUCGAAUCCGAAAAAGAUAAUCUCAUAAAAAAGCUACAAUCAGAAAUGGACAAGAUGCGAAAAGAAAUUGAAUUGCUGAGAACGCAGAUACCAACAACGGAAUCUAAACUCACAGACAAACGGACUGUCUCACAGACUCAAAAAAACGAUGUCAAUGCAACAACUCCUACUCCCAGAUACUCGCGGAAAGAUCUCAUUCACCAGCAAUCUAGGUUGGAAAAACAAAAAUUUAGUAAAAAUAACAAAGAACCAUAUAAUCCAAAAGAUACUUUAAAUCGCAGUAUGAGUAGAAAACGUAUUUUACAUUCGCCACCGCUGCAUUUAAUGGAUUCUAAGAAAUCGAACAUCAGGUCGAACUCCGAUGACCACGCUAUGUCUGAAGAUGAAUAA